AUGGCUUUUGUUCAAUCAGACGCUGUUAGAAAGAGGACUGCUAUUGAAUCAGCUGUGGGACUUGAAGGAUAUGGCUGGCUUGUAGUACCAAAGGCACCCUAUGAUUUCAUAAUAAUAAAUGGAAAAUUGGCUAUGGAGAUUCCGUUCGGUCAGAAAUUCAUACAGACACAAAGGGGUUUGACAGGAAAGUCGUUUCGAUCCAAUCCAGGGUCAAAUAAAGACAAAGGAUAUGUCAGUGACCUAGCACGACAAAGCACUCUCCGAGGGCAUGGAAUGUAUAAUUUAUCGGUCAGAAUCUCGACAGUAAUGUCUCUGUUAGAUUCUCCGGUCGAAAUACGGGAAAACUCCAUUCAAUUCUCGAUGGAAACAGAGUUUUGCGAAUUCUCCCCAGAACUGGAAGAUCAUUUCGAGAUCUUCGAACAUAUUCGAGGGUUCAACGUGACUAUUGUCACUUCGGCCAACACACAAGAUGAGACUUUACCACCGUGGAGCGGCUUUUUGCAAAAAGAUGAGUGGGAAACUUAGUAAGAUG